AGCCGCUGCUCAGUUUCUUGCCCUGAAGUGGUAGCAGCUGGUGGGGCCGCUGGGUGUGGAUUUGAAGAGCCGGAGCUGGGAGCUCAAACAAACAGUAGUGAAGAUGUGGAAGUCUGUAGUGGGGCAUGAUGUGUCUGUUUCUGUGGAGACCCAGGGUGAUGACUGGGAUACAGACCCUGACUUUGUGAAUGACAUCUCCGAGAAGGAGCAGCGGUGGGGAGCUAAGACCAUCGAGGGCUCUGGACGGACAGAGCACAUCAACAUCCACCAGCUGAGGAACAAAGUGUCCGAGGAGCAUGACAUUCUCAAGAAGAAGGAAUUGGAGUCAGGGCCUAAAGCCUCCCAUGGCUAUGGAGGCCGGUUUGGAGUGGAAAGGGACCGGAUGGACAAGAGUGCUGUGGGCCACGAAUAUGUCGCUGAUGUGGAGAAACACUCUUCUCAGACUGAUGCUGCCAGAGGCUUUGGGGGCAAAUAUGGUGUUGAGAGGGACCGGGCAGACAAGUCAGCAGUGGGCUUUGAUUACAAAGGAGAAGUGGAGAAGCACGCAUCUCAGAAAGAUUACUCUCAUGGCUUUGGUGGCCGCUAUGGAGUAGAGAAGGAUAAACGGGACAAAGCAGCUCUAGGAUAUGACUACAAGGGAGAGACGGAGAAGCAUGAGUCUCAGCGAGACUAUGCCAAGGGCUUUGGUGGCCAAUAUGGAAUCCAGAAGGACCGAGUGGAUAAGAGUGCCGUUGGCUUUAACGAAAUGGAGGCCCCGACCACAGCCUAUAAGAAGACCACCCCCAUAGAAGCCGCUUCCAGUGGUGCCCGUGGGCUGAAAGCAAAAUUUGAGUCCAUGGCUGAGGAGAAGAGGAAGCGAGAGGAAGAAGAGAAGGCCCAGCAGAUGGCCAGGCAGCAACAGGAGCGAAAGGCUGUGGUGAAGAUGAGCCGUGAAGCUCAGCAGCCACCGAGGCCUGUGGAAGAGCCAGCAGUGCCGGCCCCAGUGCCCAAGAAGAUCUCCUCUGAGGUCUGGCCUCCAGCAGAGAGUCACCCACCCCCAGAACCUGAACCCAUGAGAAGCAGAAAAGAACACCCCGUGCCCUCUCUGCCCAGCAUGCAGACUCCACCCCAGAAUCCCCCGGAGGACGAGGAGGCCCCAGCCCUGCCCCCUAGGACUCCGGAAGGCCUCCAGGUGGUGGAAGAGCCAGUGUAUGAAGCGGAGCCUCAGCCCCCAGCCCUGCCCCCUAGGACUCCCGAAGGCCUCCAGGUGGUGGAAGAGCCAGUGUAUGAGGCGGAGCCUCAGCAGGAGCCUGAGAACGACUAUGAGGACGUUGGGGAGCUCGAUCCGCGGGAGGAGGAAGAGGGAGACUAUGAAGAUGUGCUGGAGCCCGAGAUCACCCCUUCUCUGUCCUACCAGGCUGGAUCAUCUGCCGGUGCUGGUGGUACAGGGACCUCUGCUGUAGCCCUGUAUGAUUACCAAGGAGAGGGAAGCGAUGAGCUCUCCUUUGAUCCAGAUGACAUCAUCACUGACAUUGAGAUGGUGGAUGAAGGCUGGUGGCGGGGCCGUUGCCAUGGCUACUUUGGACUCUUUCCUGCAAACUAUGUCAAGCUCCUCUAGUGAGCAGCCCUAUUGUCUUCUGUUACUCCAAUUCCCCAGGUUCAAAACGGCUCUGCCUCCUCCUACCCACUCCACAGGACUGCUGCAAAGGACCUAAUAGCAUGCCAUGGAGCGCCUGGGUUCAGACAGACCUCCCUCUCCUGCUUUAUUAAGAGCUUUAGGUAGAGACAACAUGAAGCAGGGGCCUUCCCUCUGCAUCCACUCUUCCCUGGGAUAACCUAUAGCAUCAUCUGUGGUCCUGCCUCCUUCCCAACACCCCCCUCUGCUCUCCUCCCUCUUGAGUGCUGGCGUUCCCCUGUAUACUAGUCAUCAGGGAAACUCUUGCUAGGCAGCCUGAUUUUGCCUGGUUGUGCUUUUUUGCUCAAUUUCUUCCCGUAAGAGAGAAAUUGGAACUGUCUUUUCUGUUUAGACAUAAAACUGAGAAUAAAGCGAGACUGUGGCUUAGCUUUGUACUGGGGUAAGUGGUGGUCUU